AUGUCCAGUUACGGUAUUCAUCUGCUCUGUCUAUUGACAUUGUUCGUUUGGUGUCGUUGCGACAGAUGCGUAUCGCCACUCCUUCUAACACCCUUUCUCGAUGCUGGGAACAUAACUGCAGCUCUGGAGGUCAGCAAGGUGACAGAUUCUAAAGGAAUUGUACCUAAAAGCUUUUCUGGAUUUAUUACUACCGACAGGAAAGCUAGAAAUCACUUAUUUUUUUGGUUCUUCCCGAGUUCUAACGAUACCAAUGCACCAUUAAUGAUCUGGCUGAAUGGCGGUCCAACUGUAUCUUCAAUGUUUGGGUUGUUUUAUGAAAAUGGACCGAUAAGAACGAUAACUCACACAAAUGGCUCAAUUAGUUACGAAAGACGACCAGUCUCGUGGGCUGAUCCCUUCUCUAUGCUCUACAUUGACAACCCCGUUGGCACGGGUUUCAGCUACUCGGAGACCAACAGCUCCAAGACAACACAAGAUGGCUACAGCGAAGAGCUGUAUUUGUUUAUCGAGCAGUUUUAUCUGAUGUUUCCUGUCUACUACACUAGAGAGCUCUACAUCGGUGGCCAGUCCUAUGCUGGCAAAUACGUUCCCGCCUUCGCUCAUCAAAUACACACCAGAAUUCUGGAAGGAACAUCCAAAAUCCCGCUAACGGGCAUCUAUCUGGGCGGACCAUAUUUCGAUCCUUUAAUCCAGAGCGCGGAAUUCUGUGAAUAUUAUUACUCACUGGGAGCGAUAUCUCACUCAAAAUUACAAAAAUGUAAAAAAAAUGUGUUUAAUCUUGAUAUCAUGGUAAGCACCGGAAAUAUCCAUACUCUAGAAUAUAGUGAACUAUUUAGAAUGGCUUUUUCCAAAACUGUCCCAGGGAGUCGGGACAAUUACGUGACAUCGCAGUAUCCAGACUACAAUUCAGUGGAAGAUCUAAUGAGAACAGAAUCAAUGAAGACUAUGCUUCAUACUUGCAAUUUGGUCUACAAUGUCGGUAACACAGUUUUAAAGUAUAAGUUUAAAGACGAUUUGCUAGUUGGUACUAAAGCUAAGAUGGCCGUUCUGAUGAACCGUUAUAAAAUUCUUCUGUACACUGGAGAUUAUGAUGGUAUCAUUACGUCUCCGAUGGUAGAAGCCGCACUUAUGACCACCCCCUGGAAGACACUGUGGAAGCUAGGGGACAAACUGAAAGGCUUCUACGUCCAAGUUGGUCAGUUUUGCCGGGUGGUCAUCCACCAAGCUGGACAUCAGACCCCUCAUGAUCAGCCGGAGUCUACGCUGGAUAUGAUGAUUCAGUUUGUUCAACAUGGUUGUAUCCGUGAGGUCACCGAAGGAGCAUGA